CAUUAUCGCCUUGUAGUACUUGUUCGCUGUUUGAACUAGAACUUGAAGUGUGUGAUAGUGUAGUGUGGUAUUUCUGUCAAAGCUAGACUUCAGCAAAAUCAAUUCCUAUGAACUAACCAUACUGAAAACAAAAUGUGAAACAUUGAAAUGCAUUAUGUCUGUAGCGCAUCGUGAUUGAGAAUGAACACGUAGAAGAACAUUUGCUUGCCUGGUGCAUUGUGGUGAAUGUUUUAGAUGUACAUAACAGUGUAAAGUUUAGCGAAGUCGCAGCAUGAGACAUGGGUGCAGACCCGAUGGCGGUGGUGUGUUGGAGUGUGUGUGCCUUAGUGCUCUCGUGUCACGGGUUUGUGUUGUUAGCUGCGGCAGGAGGUUCACAGUUGUUUGAGCCGACAACAGUUCUCAACUACGACUAUGAGUCAACUCUGCUGCUCAACGAACCCCAGCCUAGGACGGGGAAGGAUGUUGGAUACCAAGUGUCUGGGAAGCUCAAGGUGGAAUGUGUCUGGCAGUUGGGGUCUUCUAGCAACAAACUGCUCAAGGUUACGCUGGAAAAGCCAAAAUUAUCAAUAAAAUCCAGAAAAGCCCCAUCCCCAGAGGGGUUUGUCUUCCACUCAUCUAAACUAGAGGAGCUCAAGAAUAGUCCCUUCCUUGUUCACUGGAACAAUGGACAUGUUAAGGCAGUCUAUGUCAAUCAAAACGAACCAGUUUCCAUGGUCAACCUGAAGAAAGGGAUUGCCAGUUUUUUCCAGUUCCAGUUGGUAGAUCAGGAAGUGAGAGAGACAGAUGCCUCAGGACUUUGCACUGUCCAGUAUACUAGUCUUGAUCGUAACAUGAUAGAAAAGGACAAAACCAACUGUGAGAUGGAACCGCCAUUGCCAUUCAUCCGCCAUCCAGAAGAGAUGUGGAGUGCUGCUGUUUCUUCAAAAAGGAGAAGUGUGAUAUUCUUGACUGAGGAUUUAGAUGCGAUCAAAAGCAUUGAGUCAGAGGAGAAACUUGAGUUGCACAUCCCACUCAGAGGGGAAGCUGGCGGAUCUCUUAGCUCCCAUCAGCAGCUGAAACUGACGGAUAGAUCUACUGGAGCUACGUUAAUCCAAGAGAGCUCUUUGGAAGGUGCUGUAAAGCAGGUUGAAAAGACGAGUGGGCAGUCAUUUGCCAAGCACCAGCUGACAUUGACUAAAGAAGACACUUCAUGCAGUGAUGGAACUUGUCCUUCGUUUCAUAGUUUGGUGAAAGAAAACAGAGACCCACUAAAAACUGAAAACCUUGGAACAAUUCGUUCUGCAUCUGCAUUUAUCAAACUUCUGAACAUAGCUCGAGAUUCCAAGAAAGAAGACUUGGUGAAAGCUUUAAAAAAUUCCAAGAACAAAAGCAUUCUGCUGCAGCUGUUAGAUAUUUUGGGGGCAGCACAAACUGCUGAAGCCCAUGAAGCUGCUCGUAAAAUACUUGAUUUCCGAUCUCAAGACUCUUUGGAUCUCAAUGAGCGAUAUCUUUGGUCACUGUCUUUUGGAUCUCAUCCUGUUAGCAGUGUCAUCAAAGAUUUGUUAUUGUUAAUGGAAUCUGGACCAUACAAUGAAAAACUGGAUGAAACACUUGUUCUCAGCGUAGCAGCAAUGACAAAUAAAAUUAGAAAACACAAUGCCAGUGCAAGUUAUAAGGUAUCUAAAGAGGUGCUGCAAGUGAUUGUUCAAAAGCUGAAAAAGUGCAGCCCUACGGAUGACGGUUGUUGUCUUAAAUAUGUCCGUGCUUUGAAAAACUUAGCUGAUCAAGAGUCUGUCCCUACUCUUUUAACUUACACUUCAAUUGGCAGCAAGAAAGUAAGUGUUGCUGCAAUUAAUGCAAUACAUUCUUUUCAAAAGGACUCUUGGACUCCAGAAGUACUUAUGAGGGCAAAAACUAUGUUUUUCCAAUUGGAUAAACGGUACGACAGCAGCGCUCGAACUCUAGCCCUGGAUAUACUCUUAGAGAAUGGUCCAGAUGAGGCAUUACUCACGGACCUUCUCAUAUACUUGCGGAGCCCAGAUCCUGCCUAUGAGGUCAAAACCUAUUUGCUUCAGAGACUUCACCAAAUUGGAGAAAGUGACAGAAACUUGAUUGUGAUGGUGAAGGGGUUGUUGAAAUCACUCAACCUGACAAACUACCACAUCCUGGGACAGAAGGGGCUCUCCACAGCGUUCACCCGUAGCUUCAUGAAACAUGCCAGUGCUAACGGCUCUCUGUCUACUGUACAGGAGAUGUACGGAGGCAUCGUCAAGCGAGGCACCGUGGACGUCAUCAUUGAUAGAGACGGAUCAUCACAGACGAUAUUCUCUUUAGGACUGUUUGCUGGAGGCUUGAGCUCCUUCCUGACAUCGGACGAUGCUCCAGCUGAGGAGACGGAGGGGGAGGAGGAAACAGCUGUGGCUGGCAUGGAUCUAACUGUACUUGGUGUUCAGGUUCGGCCGUUUGUGUUUUUCAAUGGACAGGGAGAAUUAAUGGGUCACGUUUGGUCCGGGACUGCUUCUGAGAAAACAGCAGCAUUCCAGGCUCUGGCCCUCUUGCAAGACCACCUCCAGUAUGUUCCGCUACAGGCAGGAUUCAUAGCAGAGUUGAGCCUUCAAGGAGGAAUAUCAUUUGAUCUCUCUGGUCAAGUCUCUCUCAGCAUUUGGAACAGAAACGCUGAAUCAUUAGUGGAAAAGAGUGCUGGUGUAUCGAUGACUGGAGCUGUCCGAGUCAACUCUCUGUUCGUCCACAGUCAGGUUCAGUUCACUUUGGCUACCGAGGUCAGGUUACGUUUGGCCUCCAACAUAGACUUCUACAGCACAAUCGCACUGUGUUUACAGCUGCAACAACCCGACUCAAUUAUCAAACACAAUGUACAUAAAACUGAACGAAUUCCAGGGAGUAAGCACAGGUUAAGAAAAUCAAAAUACAAAGUAAUUCCAGUUUCUGGCAGGACUUAUGCCUUGAACCAAAAGAAUAAUGAACUCUGCAAUGUUAUAUUUUCAGAACAUUAAAAAAAUGCCAAAAUGCAAAUGUAUACUCAGAUGAGUUUGGCUGUGAUUUUAAAUUAUGUACAGUGUAUUUAUGAACGUUAAGAAAACUGCGCCAGGACAUCCAUGUAUUUACCAUUAAAAUAUAAAUUUUUACUAAA